GGAAGAAGAAGAAGAAGAAAGGAAAUAAGAUAGAAUGGAAAAAAUUAGUGGAAACGAGACGGGUAACUCAACAUGUACUCCCGACAAAACCACGCCACUGCUAGUGUCCGACUUCGCUUUGAUCCUCGUCGGCGGCAGAAUCUUAAGCGCUAUCUUCAGGUUUUUAGGCCAGCCCAGUAUCAUCGCUGAAUCCAUUGUUGGAGUAGGCAUGGGGUAUUACGAAGUUAGGAAAGAUAGGAUAUUUAAACAUUCUGAUAGAGAAAGCGUAAUAGGAAAAUUGGGACGGCUGCUUCGGACGUCGGGCGAAGCGGGAAUGAUGGCCUAUAUGCUGUCGGUAGGCAUUGAGAUGGACCCAGUGUCCAUCUUCAGGUGGCCCAACCGUGCGGCUAUUAUCGCUUACGCUGGUAUCCUCUCCAACUUGAUUGUGACUGUGACCAUGAGAAGUAUCAUAGAUAAAAGCGAUUCGAAACUAUUAAAAGAGGGGAAUCGAUUCGACAAGAAUAUCGUAAACAUAGUGAUGGGAACAAACACUGCCUCUCCGAUACUGACUCGCCUUAUAACGGAGCUUAAGAUCGGAAAGACUGAGGUGGGUAGGAUCGUUGUGAGUGCGGGUAUCAUGAAUGACAUGGUAACGAUGCUGCUUAUGGUGAUCUUGUCCGUAUUCGAUCCUUUAAUGAGAGUCCAAGAAGAUCCAAGUAUAACUAAUCCGGAGUUUAUUUACGCUACACCCAUAUACAUGACCCUGUUGUUGGUAGCAGAAGCAGUAUUUAUAAUAAAGGUCAUACCAAAGCUAACGAAAUGGGUAAAUAAAAAGAACCCAGAAGGACGGCCAAUGAAGCCUUCACACAUUUUUCUUGUGUUCCUGAUCGUCUUCGUCUUAAGUGUCAUGCCCGUCACUGUAGGCUACAAUGCUGUUAUGAGCGCUUUCCUUGUUGGACUCAUCUUCCCUAGAGAAGGAAGACUUUCGAGACAAAUGGUGCAUAAGAUAAACAUCAUCCUCAGUUUGCUGGUUUCCCCACUUUUCUUCUGUUGGAUUGGAUUGGAAACAGCUUCGUCAUUAUUCAAGAUAUGGGAUGCUCGUGUCAAUUUUGGCAAGGUUUUUCUUCAGUUUCUUUAUGUGGCAGCCAUUGGGACAAUCGGGAAAGUCUCAGGAACUGUCAUUGCUGCUAACUUGUUCAACUUCCAAUUGCCGGAGGCCAUAGCUAUUGGAUUGCUCCUCAACAUCAAGGGUCAUUUACACAUUUACGCUGCCGCUGUUGGGAAGAAGGAGGGGAACCUAAGCCUUUCCGCCUUCCCGGUGAGAUACUUCUCCAUCUUAUUCACGGUCACCUACAUACCUCUAGUUGUGAAGAACAUCAUCCACCGGGCGAGGAAGAAGGCUGCGAACCAGGUAAUGACGCUGCAGUUGCAUGAUUCAAUGACGGAGCUCCGGAUCAUGGUUUGCCUCCAUGGGAUCCACAACAUCCCUGCGGCUAUCAACAUCAUUGAGGCUUCCCGAGGAGGAGAGCCUGAGUUGUCGCCUCUCAUGAUAUACGCCAUGGACUUGGUACAGCUCACCCACCGUACUGCAGCCACCCUCACACAUGGGGAAGGCUUAGACGCGGUGGCCGUGACGGACGAGUCGGUUGUCAAGAUGAGGGAGGAUAUCACGAACGCUAUCGAAGCUUAUGUGCAGCAAGGUGGUGAGGGGCUGACUGUGCGACGACUCCUCGCCGUGUCGCUGUUCGAGAACAUGCACGAAGACGUGUGCAACGCGGCUGCAGAUGCACUUGCCAUGCUCAUCAUAUUGCCCUUUCACAAAAAACAGAGGAUUGAUGGAUCUUUGGAGGCAACACACCAUAAGUUCAGGCAUGUCAACAAAAGGGUGCUUCGACGUGCCCCAUGCUCGGUGGGGAUACUUGUAGACCGGGGUCUUGGUGGGAACAACCAUUUAUCAGCAGCUUCCGCAACGCACCAAGUAGCUGUCAUAUUCAUUGGUGGAUGCGACGACCGCGAAGCCCUGGCCUAUGCGAGCCGGUUGGCAGACCACCCUGGGGUGAAGCUCACGGUCAUCAGGUUCCUGACUGAAGCAGGGGCGGAAAGCUCGACCGUUGGGACUAGUGGUCGAAUCCUGACUGACAUUCAAGAACUAGAGAAGGAGAUGAGUAUUGACGAUGAGUGCUUUGCCAACUUCUAUGAGAGAAAUGUGGCUGAUGGGCGAGCGGGGUAUGUAGAGAAGUAUGUGGUUAACGGUGCGGAGACGGUAGCUACCCUACGAGCAUUGGAGGGGCUCUACUCCCUCUUCAUUGUGGGACGUGGUGGGAAGGAUGGGUCCGCAUUAACGGCUGGGAUGGGCGAAUGGGUAGAAUGUCCAGAGCUAGGACCUGUUGGUGACACUCUCGCUGCAUCUGAUUUUUCGGUUACAGCUUCUGUCUUGAUAAUCAAACAACAUAAUCCAACAAAAGAAGAGGAAGACGAAUUGGAUGACGAGUUCUCAGUAACAUGA